AACAGCAUCGACUAAUUUUUUAAAAAAAACUUUUUGGUGCAAAAUGAAACUAACGUAUCCGGAGCAAUGACCUUGGACUUCGCCAGGACACUCCUCGUGCCCAUAGCCACAGCAUCCAGGAUCAAAUCCACCAGGCUCUGCCACCGGAGGAAACCGGGCAACAUCAUCAGAGAUUUGCUCACGAGCUCUAAACAGGACACGAGCCACUUGGAGCUCGCCGUCAACCACUACAGCAUGAACGCCAACGCGGUGUAUGACAGCGCCUCCACCACGACCGACAGCGACACGACGCGAACGGGUUACGAUGAGGAUGACUCUGUCCGCACCACGCAGUCCACCACGCUGUCCACCGCACAGUCCACCACGCAGUCCACCACGCAGUUCACCGCUCAGCCGUGCAUACACCUGUCUGCAUCGCUGGCGAGCUCCACGAAAUUCUCCAAAGGUAUCAGGCGGCCGGGGUAUAAAAUGGUGGCCAGGACGGGCAUCCCCAAACUGGCCACCACCUGCAAGCUGCGCCACACGAAAAUCGCGCGCACCAGACCUGUUCUGGCGGCAGCCCCGGCGCCGCACUCCACCUCAAGGGCGAUUAGAGCGAAAUGCGCAAAACAGACCGGUUCCGGUGUGGAGAAAACCACCGGGAAACAUCAGCGGACGGCGCGGGAAACCACUAGCGUGGUAUCGGGCAACAAGACACAAGCAACCAAGA